AUGGAACGCGACCAGUGGCCCUCGCCACUGGUGGUUGGACAGGCAACAUUAAUCUCUGAUUGCGAGGUAUUGAGUGCUAUUCCUACUAUACGCAAUGAUUUGGAGCCUUUGAGUCAUAUGUAUCCGUUCUUUCAUUCCACAUAUCUGCAUGUUCACCGCACAAUAAUUGACGAUCCUGGUUCUGGUCACAAACCAGUCAUUAUGAUCCUGGUUCUGGUCACAAACCAGUCAUUGCUAGCUACCAUCGGCAGCAAAAGCAUGACAAGGAAAGUGCCAACAGGCAAAAUAAUUGACGAUCCUGGUUCUGGUCACAAACCAGUCCGUGAAAUAAUUGACGAUCCUGGUUCUGGUCACAAACCAUCAUUCUACCAUCGGCAGCAAAAGCAUGACAAGGAAAGUGCCAACGUCGGCGGCAAAAGCAUGACAAUGAAAGUGCCAACUAAGUCAUCAUGGAACUUCAAGAAGUUUGACUGGCCUAGAAUCAUAAACCAUUUAGACAGUGAACUCCACACAACUCCCAUCAAUUUCAACCAACAUCCUGACAAACUUUGCAACGAUACCACGAAAAUUAUGAUCAGAUUUGCAACGGAAACAAUUUCCCGAGGCAAGACUAAACACUAUCGAGUGUUUUGGUCUAAACACCUUGAAAAACUGAAACGAAAACGGGACGCCCUUCGCAACACCACUGAACAGACUGGAAAAACGGAAGAUGUACAAGCCUGGAGACGGCAGUCAGCUGUCCUAAGACAAGCCAUUUUACAAGUUAAACGCACUUCCUUCGACAAUUUCAUCUCAAAUAUCAACUAUCAAAGUGAUAGCCAACGCACUUUCAAAUUUCUGAAAAACCUACAAAACAAGAGAGAAAGACCCAAGAAAGAAACAAUACGCUUAAGCAACAAAGAUACAAGUAAGACCGUUUGGUGA